UGUUGGCAGCCGAGCGAUCCUAGGCGGAGUGAAACUGGAUCAACAGCGAUUAAACGUCAUGGGAGCAAGGACUAUGCAUGAACCACACAAGCCCCGCGGAACUCAGACUUUUUCUAGCUCUAUGUGGAACAAGACGCCAUGUUAGUGCAUGCUGGAACCUGUGGCGCAGCGCUCGUGACGAAAGUCGUGACGGAAUUUCCGCUUCCUGAAACUGCCCCGUGGGGAUGGCGGCUUCCUUGCGAAGCAACGUGACUGCAAAUGUCUGAAGACGGAAAGUAGUGUGGACUUCGAGGAGGCUGACAUACUUGGAAGAUAAUAUUUUCCUGCCUGAGGAGAAAUUAUUUGAAAGAAAUAAUGGCUAGCUACAAACCUGUUGUGAUUCAGAGUUAUCCAAAACUUGGUGAAAAAGUAACACAGGAUACUUUAUACUGGAAGAAUUACAAGGCUCCCAUUCAGAUAAAGGAGUUUGGUGCAGUGAAUAAAAUUGACUUUUCUCCCGUCCAUCCAUACAAUUAUGCUGUAACAGCCUCCUCAAGGAUUCACAUUUAUGGCCGAUACUCACAGGAGCCAAUCAAAACAUUCUCUCGAUUCAAAGACGUUGCAUACGGUGCUACUUAUAGAGACGAUGGAAAGCUGUUGGUUGCUGGCUGCGAAGAUGGCAGCAUUCGACUCUUUGACAUUGGUGGGAGAUCAGCGCUGAGACAGUUUGAGGGCCAUACCAAAGCAGUACAUGUUGCAGGCUUCCUGUCUGAUAAAUACCGAAUAGUAUCUGGAGCCGAUGACUACUCAUCCAAGGUGUGGGAUGUUUCUUCUGCCUCCGAAAUUACCACCUAUAGAGAGCACACAGACUAUGUGAGGUGUGGCUGCACCAGUAAGCUGAAUGCAAAUCUUUUUGUAACAGGCUCAUAUGAUCAUACUGUGAAAUUAUUUGAUACCCGGGCAGAAAAAAGCGUCGUAACGAUAGAACAUGGACACCCAGUGGAGAGUAUUAACCUCUUCCCUUCUGGAGGUCUUCUUGUGACUGCAGGGGGUCGGUAUGUUAAAAUCUGGGAUAUCCUUAAAGGAGGGCAGUUACUUGUCUCCUUGAGAAAUCACCAUAAAACUGUAACCUGUUUGUGCCUGACGAGCUCUGGUCAGAGGCUGCUCUCUGGCUCGCUAGAUAGGCACGUGAAGGUAUACAGUACAACAUCCUACAAGGUGGUUCACAGCUUUGUCUAUGAGGCAUCCAUUCUUAGUCUCGCAUUAGCUCCUGAGGAUGAAACCCUAGUUGUUGGCAUGACAAAUGGCAUACUGAACGUGAAACAUCGAAAACAUGAAGCAAAGCAGCCUUUUAGAAGGAAGAGGAGGCCCACAUAUCGAACAUUUGUUAAAGGAAGAAACUACAUGCCAAAGCAGGAGGAUUUCCUUGUCUCAAAACCUGUAAGAAAUCACUUGAAAAAAUAUGACCGACUUUUGAGAAGUUUCCAGGUUUCCAAGGCCCUGGAUGCCGUCCUUCAGGGCCCUGUACGGUCAAAUCCGCCUGAAGUUACAGUUGCUGUCAUGCAGGAAUUGAAUCGCAGAGGCACACUGAAAAAUGCACUUGCUGGACGAGAUGAGAAACAGCUCAGUGUCCUCCUUAGUUUCUUGAUAAGGCAUGUGACUGAUGCGAGAUUUGCUCCUGUGCUGAUAAAUGUAGCGGAAAUGAUUAUAGAUAUUUAUAUGCCUGUGAUUGGACAAUCUGCUGUUGUUGAUAAACAGUUUGUGAAACUUCAGAAUAUUGUAGAAAAGGAGAUUGACUACCAGGAGGAACUGCUAGAAGUCUUGGGGAUGAUGGAUGCGCUGUUUGCUACAAUGGCAAGAAAAAAGCCUGCUACCCUGGAGGAGAAUAGACUGGAUGGUGUAUAGAUUAACUCCUCGAACAAUGACAGUGUUGGACAGUUUCAUCACAGAAUGUAUUGCAUUUGACUCUCAUAUUCUCCAGUGACACUUUUCAAAAAACCUCCCAUACAACAGGAAAAAAGUUGAAGAGUGCAUACUACUGGUGACUGCAGAAAUAAGAAGAAAAAAUCUCUUUGGAAAUAUUUUUCAAGUUUUUGGUCCAAAAGUUAUUUAAAAUAUUUCAUGCCAGUGUUGUAUAAAGUUUAUUUAUAUGAACACGUAAAAAUGCCCUUAUAAACAUGUAAAAAUUAACCCGUAGCUUCAUUUUAUUUUUUCAGAUUUCUUGAAGAGAUUUCUCUUAAAUUCCCAGUUGAACUUGGAAUAAAUGUGGCAGAAAUGUGACAAAACUA